AUGCCGCCCACAACGCCGCCUCGCACCGACUCGCCCACUCGGAAGCAGCAGUUCGCAUCGCCAAGUGGAUCAGCUACAACCGUCAACACCUCGCCGGUCUCAACUAGCAGUGGUCCCUCGCUGGCCUCGACAGGCCCGAGUAGCGUAGCGACUUCGCCUGUCACUCAGUGCUCAGCGUUCAACCCGGACAGUCGUCAAUCCAGCGGUCGAAAGUGCUCCUUCAGUACCCUCCAGAUCGUCUCAACGCCAUCAGUCAAGUUCGCGUCGAAGAGCCCAACCCAGUCACUAGACUACUCUUCUCCAAGCACAAGCGCUUCCAGCAGCGCCGCUUCGUCUCCAUCAAUCAGGCCUGGAAUCCGUCGUGGAUCGCCGGACAGCAAUUUUCACCUGAACUCUACCACGCUCGGGUCACUGCUUCCGACGCGUAACACCUACACCCCCUCGUACAUCAGUAUAUCACCGGCUUCGUUCUUGAAGCCGCCUCCCUUGGACCCAGACGUGCUCACCACCUUCGGCCCUUACAAGUCCCCGCAUACACUCUCUGAACUCCACUCCCUGGCAUGGUCCAACCAGCCUUUUCCUAUCGAACCCUGCCUCCAAUGCAGACACAAAAAUCUCCCAUGUCCACUGACCCUCACCUCGCCGGCCAACGCACAUCUCGGACCGCUGCUGCUCAACGGCAACAACGACAUGGUCAAACCCACCGCAGCACCGCGCCCGCUUGCCGCCAACCCCCGCUUCCCGGCCUGCCUCCGCUGCAUCCGCGCCGGCGAGGCCGACUGCUGCAUCGUGCAGCGCCGCGCCACGCUAGCCGAGAAGGAAAUGAUCCGGCCGCAGAUCAAGACGUACGCAGAAGCCGCCCUGCUCGACACGGCCGUCGUCGUGCUACCCACUGACCGCGACGUCGCCGAUCCAGCACUCUUUGCGGCUAAGAUGCGGCGCAGGGACGAGCUGCUGCACCAGGCUGAGCUGCGCGAGAGCAGAACCGCCUUCGCCCCGCGCAAGGUGACGACCAUGCACGACGUCAUCAGCAGUGACGAGGAGAAGAUCGUGCUCAGGCAGGAGAGAAUCAGGAGCGAGCAGGAGAGGGACCGCAUACUGUUGAGCGGGACAGGUAGGGAGGAGGUGCUGUCCCCGACGGAGAGUUGGGGCGAGAAGUGGGUUGGACGGAGGGAAUGGAACAAGCAAGACUUUGUGGCGGACGGGAAGGAGGUUCCGGAUGAUACGCUGAAGUUGGUGAAGACUGAGAUUGCUAUUCGUCGUGGUCGUGCUGGUUUGAGUGAGGUUUGA